AAGAGUAAAGUUCGCAACUUCUAUUUUGCCGAGCUUGUGUAUAGGAAGCACAAAGGCACAAAUCUGCCGCCAGAAAAAAACAGGGGCAAAAAAAAAAAAAAAACGAACAAGAGAAGGAAGAAGAAGAAAGUGCCAUGGGCGAUCUACUCUCAUGGCUAUUCUCCUUCUUCCUUCUCGUAGCUGUUCUUGGUACUAUCCUAUACCAGCUCAUGUGCUUGGCAGAUCUUGAAUAUGAUUAUGUCAACCCUUAUGAUUCAGCAUCUCGGAUUAACAGAGUAGUGGUGCCAGAAUUUGCUCUUCAAGGAGCAUUGUGCUUCCUACAUCUUGUGACAGGGCAUUGGUUGAUGUUUCUGAUAUGUCUGCCAUACUUAUAUUAUAACAUCAAAGUCUAUACUGAUCGCUGCCACUUGGUAGAUGUAACUGAGAUUUUCAAUCAGCUUCCGUGGGAUAAGAAGGUUCGGUUGUAUAAGCUUGGAUACCUUGUGAUACUUCUUGCCUUUUCGAUAUUCUGGAUGGUUUGGAGCAUUGUGGAUGAAUGAAGUAUGAGGAAUUGCCCCUUUCAUGAAGGGUUUGAUCGAAUGAAGAAAUUGGGAUUUCCCAGGCACUAGCACGGUGGAGCUGGCCUUUUGACAUAUAUCAGUUUACUCAGUUGAUGGUGCCAUAAACGGAUUGUCGGUGCUGGCUUUACGGAAUUAAUCAUAUCUAAAGGAAGUGCUAAAAGUCCUCAAC